AUGUCAUUAACAUUGAAACUUGCAAUUUUAUUUACAAUAUUUUCGAUAUUUAUUGGCAUUGGUAAUGAGACCGUAGCGACUUUUGUCCCUUCACCAAGAUCUCUUGGUUUGACUGUGGUCUUGGGUGAAAAACAAUAUUAUGUGGGUGUGUCGCAGAAGCUCAACUGGUAUGCGGCCAAUUAUAUUUGUGCUGCACGGGAUAUGACUUUAACGGCCAUUGAAUCUCAGGCGGAAUAUGAUAAUUUGAGCAAUUAUUUGUUUGCGAAUUACUUAUAUGAUGCUGGAUUUUGGAUUUCCGGUUCCGAUUUAGCUUUGCACAAACAAUACACCUGGCUAUCGAGUGGUGCAAAUUUCAAUUUUACCAAAUGGACCCAGGGACAACCCCCUAAAGGCAACAAUCCCAAUCACUGUGUUGCCACAAAUAGCAAAUUUGAAUGGACCACUGCGAAUUGUGUAAAGGAAUACUUUUUCAUUUGUUCCAAGCCGACAGAGCCGGCCUGUGGCGUCAAGGGUUCGUGUCGUUAUACUUACAGUUUAUUUUGA